CCCACGCAGUCGGUCUGUGAGCGAUCCCGUGUAAUUGCCCCGCUCUGCGGAAAGCCGGCGGUGACAGGCUGGAGGACCAACGGGCGGCCGUCUCCGCAGCCACGGCCCCGAACUCUGCCCCUCUUCAGCCGGGCUGUGUGCAAUUACCCUGGGGGCUGAGCCACGUGAAGUGUCACCCCGCCGUGGCACAUUCGGCUUUUCUUUGAGCAGGACAGCUCUGUACAUUUACUCGUCGGAUUUGCCCCCGAAACCUGGAGGAGGAUUGUUUGAACGUUUAAGGUACUGAGAUGGAUCGCAAUCCAUCCCCACCACCAAGUGAUGAAAGUGACAAUGAGACCACCGGAGACGAUGCAAUUGGAAACACAGUUUAUAGCAAGCACUGGUUGUUUAGCACACUCAUGCAACUAAUCAAGUUUGUCUCUGCAGAGGAUGAAAAGGCAGAACUUUUGAAAGCAGACACACAGCUGGAUGAGGAUCUGGAGAAUGAGAUCUGUAAAGUUUGGGACAUGUCUAUGGAUGAGGACGUUGCUCUAUUUCUUCAGGAGUUCAAUGUAACAGGCAUUUUAUUAGGGAUCAUUGGUAAAUCUAAGUGUCCUCGAUUGACGGAGAUCUGUGUUGGUAUCCUGGGCAACAUGGUUUGUUACAAGGAAACUUGUCAGUCAGUCACCAACAAUGAUAAUCUUGUAGAGGUGCUACUGUUGCUACUGGGAGAUUCUGACCCACCAACUCUCUUGGAGACCAGCAGGUUAAUACUAACCUGUCUUUCUCAGCCAGAUGUUGCCACCAUCUGGGUUGACCGAAUCCGUAAGCAACCUGCUGUUCGGGACAAUGUGUGCUUCAUAAUGCAGAGCUCCACAAAUGCUGACUUGUUGGGAAAGAUCGGUGAGGUGGUUGAUAAACUCUUUGACUUAGACAAGGAGCUCAUGCUGAGCUGGAUCACAGAGUCAAAGGAGUUGCCUGAUGCACAAGCAACAGAGCAGGAAAAAACAGCUGAGAUUUCAUUGGUCCCUUGUUUACUGGAAGCAGCCAGUCAAGUCAGGUCAGACAGCAUUGAGGGGCUUGAGGUUUACAUUCAUAUUUUGCAACUUCUCACUACAGUGGAUGAAGGAAUUCAGGCAAUAGUUAAUCCUCCAGACAAAGGAGGAGCUACCUGGACUCUACUGAAUGACAUAGUUUGCACUGACCUUUGCCAGGAUGAUGACCCAUCGAUUUUCAUAGAGGAGCAGGCAAGUGUGCUGUCCUCUGCUCUGGCUAUCCUAUCAGCAUUAUUUGCUUCACACGUAGAGAAAUACAGCGAGAUUGAGCAAAAUCUUCCUUUGCUUGGAAUGUUGCUACGAGUUCUGUUCUAUGCAGAAAGUGGUCAGAAGAAGCCAGCAGAAGGAGCAAGAAGACCCAGUGCAGACAAAUGGUCUGCCCCAUCUCCAGCAGGUGCUCAGAAAGGGAAAAGACAGGAGCGUGACUUCCCAGUGAAAAUCCUGCUGAAUAUCUGUUGUGAAUUCCUCGCUGAAAUUUUUAUGGACAUUUCUGAGGAGCUUGUGUCAAAAAGCUUUAAAGAAGGUUAUUUAAAUCAGGAGAUGUUAAUUUGUGCUGUUCAUCACCUUUUUCCUCUGUAUACCUCUACGGUUAAAAGGUUCCAUGAUAUCUUAAAAGAAGUGCAACCAGAAACUGCAGAACAAUUACAACUGAAGUUCCCUAGUCUCAGUUCCUGACUGAGAAUUGUUACCAAUACUGAGAGGAAAACUAAUGUUCUGGAACUUUGCUGAUGGGGGGCAAAUGAUCAAGGGUUACUAAAAUUCUGGCUCCAUAAGUGCUUAGUUCUUUUGAUGAGCAUAAGCUGGUGACUGAAGCCUUGUCAGCUUGAGACAUACAACAUGUACAGAAUUGCAUUUACAUAUAAUAUUAACCUCAGCCUUUACAGUACAGUUGUUGAGAACCACUGAUGCCCAUAGUUGAAGUAAGAUUUUUCUAUUGAAAUGUAUCUGAAUUUAUUUCUGUUAUUGUCAGAUGUGUGGGAGAUUAGCAGUCACUGAAGUUUCAUGACAGGAUAUCUCUGUAGCCUUUGGACAUGUGAUGGUGGAACAGAAACUUCAUCUUGUACUUUCAAUGGGCAUGGCAUGGUAACAGGGCUAGAACCUAGAAUAUGAAGCUUGUAGCUUCCAUCUGUCCCCAACCUUUUUGAAGAAGGGGCACAUUAUUGAGCUAGGUAGUUUCACUAGCAGCUGCAGUUUGUGAGUGAUUGUACCUGUGGUAUACUGAUAGACAUUACAUAAAGCACACCCCCACCUCUGCCUAAUAAAUAUUUUCAGUCCUGUUUGAUUAGUGUUUCCUAUAUAUAAUUUAUAAGAAUAUUUUUACCUCAUUGAUAUAUCUCAGUGAGCAUAAGUAAUUGAGAAUAGUUUUAAGAAAACAACUGGCUUCCAUCUAUAUCAAGGUUGUUUUACUCUGGGUAAAGAUAUGAAGACAGAGAGAUCAGAAGCGUCCAAUAUCCAACCUUUGUCACUUAUUAGACAACUGAUCUCAGGCAGCAAGUAUAUGAAUUACUACAUUUGGCUUAGCACUUUGGGCUAAAUGGGCUAAAAACCUGCUUAUUUUUCCCCCGCGGGACUUUUCAAUUAUUUGGUUUAAGGAACCUUUGUUUAAAUAGCAGUUAAGAAUGUGAUUGUACUGAACAAUGAUGCACGCAAUAAUAAAUAAUUUGGUGGUAAUUUGAA